GGUACUUCCGGAGUCUCCCGGCAACUUGGCGUGGUUUCCUGCCCGAACUUAACUGGACUCGCUCGCGCCGGUGAGGUCCACUCGUGGCCUCACGGGCUUGUUUUCCGGUCUCAUGGCGGGUCUGACUCUAUUUGUGGGCCGUCUCCCGCCCUCGGCUCGCAGUGAGCAGCUGGAAGAGUUGUUUAGUCAAGUGGGUCCGGUGAAACAGUGCUUCGUGGUGACUGAGAAAGGGAGUAAGGCAUGCCGAGGCUUCGGUUAUGUCACAUUCUCCAUGCUGGAGGAUGUUCAGAGGGCACUCAAGGAGGUCACCACCUUUGAAGGCUGCAAGAUCAAUGUGACCGUUGCCAAGAAAAAACUGAGGAACAAGUCCCAGGAAAAGAGGAAACAUGAAAAUUCAGAGUCCCCAAAGAAGGAGCCAAAGCCCAAAAAAGCCAAAGUGGCAGAUAAGAAAGCCAGAUUAAUUAUCCGAAACCUCAGCUUUAAGUGUUCAGAAGAUGACUUGAAAACGGUAUUUACUCCCUAUGGAACUGUUCUGGAGGUGAAUAUCCCAAGGAAGCCAGAUGGAAAGAUGCGUGGUUUUGCUUUUAUUCAGUUCAAAAACCUCCUUGAAGCAGGAAAAGCUCUCAAAGGCAUGAAUAUGAAAGAGAUAAAAGGGCGGACUGUGGCUGUGGAUUGGGCUGUGGCAAAGGACAAAUACAAAGAUACCCAGCCUGCUUCUGCCCCAGAUGAAAAGGAGAGCAGUGAACAUAAGCAUAAGGAAUCAGGUAAAAAGAAUGGCAGGGUGGAAGAGCAAGAAGAAGAUGAUGAUGAUGAAGAAGAAGAAGAAGAUGAUGAUGAUGUUGAGGAUGAUGAUGGUGAUAGUGAUGAAGAGGAAAGUAGAAAGUCAACAGUGACCACUCGUGUGAAAAUGCAGAAGAGAGCAGUCAAGAGAGCAGCUCCUGAAGAAAGCCUCGAGGAAGACCAGUCUGAUGAGGACAGUGACCUGGAGGGAGGAGGUAGCGUUGAUGGUGAAGGAAUGGUGCAGAGUGGUAGCAGUGCUGAAGAACAAGAGGAUGAAGAUGUCCCAGUCUCAAAGAAAAAGAAGAGGAAGUUAUCCUCUGAUGUGAACGAAGGGAAAACUGUUUUCAUCAGAAACCUUUCAUUUGACUCAGAAGAAGAAGAUCUUGGGGAGGUCCUCCAGCAAUUUGGUGAUCUUAAGUAUGUCCGAAUUGUCUUGCAUCCAGACACAGAACAUUCUAAAGGAUGUGCAUUCGCUCAGUUCAUGACUCAGGAAGCAGCUCAGAAAUGCCUUGCAGCUGCCUCUGCAGAGGCUGAGGGUGGUGGUCUUAAACUGGAUGGCCGGCUGCUCAAGAUUGACUUGGCUGUGACCCGGGAUGAGGCAGCAAAGCUCCGAACAAAGAAGGUGAAGAAGCCAACUGGAACCCGGAACCUCUAUCUGGCCCGAGAAGGCUUGAUCCGCGCUGGGACGAAGGCUGCCGAGGGCGUGAGCGCUGCGGACAUGGCCAAACGAGAGCGGUUUGAGCUAUUGAAACACCAGAAACUCAAGAACCAGAACAUCUUUGUCUCCCAGACCAGGCUUUGCCUGCACAAUCUGCCGAAGGCUGUGGAUGAUAAACAACUCCGGAGGCUGCUGCAGAAUGCCACCAGAGGGGAGAAGGGCGUGUGCAUUAAGGAGUGCAGAGUGAUGCGGGACCUUAAAGGAGCUCAUGGGAAAACGAAGGGCCAGUCCCUGGGCUAUGCCUUCGCAGAGUUCCAGAAGCACGAGCAUGCCCUCCGAGCCCUCCGCCACAUCAACAACAACCCGGAAAUCUUUGGGUCUCAGAAGAGACCCAUUGUGGAGUUCUCUCUAGAAGAUCGAAGGAAACUCAAAGUAAAGGAGCUGAGGAUCCAGCGCAGCCUGCAAAAAAUGGCAUCUAAACCUGUGACCAAUAAGCCCCAAAAGGAGCAGAAGGAAGCUGGAAAAGAGAAGCAACAGCAAGCCGUGCGCCCUGCCCGGGGCCAAAGCCAGGCCUCUGCAGAGCAGAAUGGGGAGACCUGGCCCACCUCGUGGACAGGGUUCCAGACCAAGGCUGAAGUGGAACAGGUGGAGUUGCCUGAUGGAAAGAAGAGAAGAAAGGUCCUGGCAUUUCCUUCACACCGAGGCCCCAAAAUUAGGUUGCGGGACAAAGGCAAGGUGAAGUCCAUUCCUCCUAAGAAGCCAAAGCCCCAGACAGGCCAGCGAAAGCAGAAGGAGCAGUUACCUUCUUCCCUGCAAGCACCUAAGAAAAAAGCGAAGGAAAACAAGGCGGAAGCCCACUUCAACCGACUGGUUGAGCAAUAUAAGCAGAAAUUGUUGGGCCCUUCUAAAGGAUCUCCCCUUCUGAAGAGAAGCAAAUGGUUUGAUACAUGAUCCCGCCUGCAGAAGGCUGUGUCUCUCUGAGGGAAAGAACAUUCCAGAUGAUACCCUCUUUCUCGGGGACUCUGUAGGUCGUGUACAUUCUUGGCCCCCCUCUCCAGUAUGGGAGGAGAACAGCGUCUGAAAACACCAUGGAGUUUUUACAUCUUCCCCAUAUUAUUGCUGGAGCUGUGCAUGGAAUUGUGAUUCAUUGCUAUUUUCUUCUUCGUUGGAAACUAUUGUAAAAAAGUAUUUUGGAGUACUGAAUUUUUAAGAUGCUUAUUUUGUUAUGGAGUCUGUAAAUGAGCAAUUGUGACUUU